AACCCGUUCGAAGUUUGGACCUUCAUAAAGACAAUUUUUCUUUUUUCAACUCGAUUGUAUAGUGUUUUUCUUAUGAUUUACGGUUUGCUUUUAAUAAGUAAAUAGCGAUAUUAUUGUAUUUUCUACGGCCGAAAAAAAUCGUGACAAAAUCGAAGGAAAUGAGGAUCCUAUAUAGAAAAAGGAGAAUUUGAACUUCUCGUAAAAUGGGUGGUUCAGCUUUGCUGAUCAUCUAUACUUUCACUUGCAGUAGUCUUAGGUAGACGGUUUUGUUAAUAACGAUUCUUUGUGGCGUGCGGAGUUCAGGCUUUGGAGUUUGGUCACAGCGUUUGCAUGCUCUCUAAGUUGAAUUGUUGUUGACCAUUUGGGUUGGAACAGCAGUAAAAUCGAGUUUUGCAGGUGAAGCCUUUAAGUGGGGAGGCGAUAGGUGUUUCGAAGAGAUGCAUAUUUGAGUUCAAAUUUUAUGUACAACUGAAGCUUUCUACGCGGCAGUUUAGCAGAUGAUGAAGUAGAUUUUGAAUUGGCCAAAUGCUUUGACAGAUGUAUAUUGUGAAAGACAUGUAUCUUUGAGGUGUGAAAGUGAUAUGAAUUGAAGUCUUCAAGUGGUUGGGUAACCGAUGGUGAAGUAUAUUUUCAAUUAGCCAAAUGGUUUGCUGAUUGGAGAUGUGUUACGAUAGAAACUGGAGAACCUUGCCUUGUGUUAUCGAGAUUUCAUGGCUGUGGUAUGUUGUAAAACAAAUUGUUGGCAUAAUGCUAUAAUUGGGGUUCCUCAAUGGUUACUGAAGGAAUAAUGUAGCUCUAAAGAAUAGGAAUUGCACGCAUCAGUCCUUUCAAGAAGUAGGCAUGGUGGCCAUGGUAGCUUCCCAAGAGAUGCUUCAACAAUGGGGAGAAGGCUGGGCCUGCGAGCUCAGGUGAAAGACCUAGAAUUUUCUUGGGAGGGCAAUAGAGCUUAGAAGAGUGGACAUUGUGUCUGUGAAGAUGAGGCCAUGAGUAUUUUGGAGCCCAGUGAUGGUACCUUGCGUCAAUGGCUAGACAAUCCAGAUCGGUCGAUUGAUCAUUUGGAGUGCCUGCACAUAUUCAGGCAGAUUAUAGAGAUUGUAAAUGUCGCUCACUUGCAGGGAGUUGUUAUUCAUAAUAUUAGGCCUUCAUGUUUUGUCAUGUCUUCAUUCAAUUGCAUUUCUUUCAUUGAGUCUGCAUCUUGUUCAAGCUCGGGAUCUGAUUCAAAUAAUGAGGCAGUGAAGUUGGUGGAUCAGAAUAAAGUUGGUGAGCUUAUCUCUUCGUCUCCUGUUUGUUGUGGACUGACUCAGCAGAGACGCUUGCCUGCCCAUGAAGAUUCAAAAUUGGAUAUCUCUCCAACAAUUACUUACCCAAGAGAUUCAGAAGGAAAUGACCAACCUGGUGUUUCUCAGUCCGAUGCAGAAACUUUGAGUUGCUUGAGGUCGACAUCUGCAUUUCCCAUGACAUUGUCUUCCAUAGAGACUAAGGAAUAUGACAGGUGGGAGACAUGGAGGACAAUGCCUUCAAAACAAAUUCUCUCCAUGGAGAUUAAUUGGUACACCAGUCCAGAGGAAGCUUCUGGUGCUCCAAGCACUUAUGCUUCAGAUGUCUACCGCCUUGGUGUUCUUUUGUUUGAGCUCUUUUCAACAUUCAGCACUGAGGAUGAGAAACUAAGAAUGAUGUCCAAUCUUCGUCAUCGUGUUUUGCCGCCUCAGCUGUUGCUGAAAUGGCCAAAAGAAGCCUCAUUUUGUUUGUGGCUGUUGCAUCCCCAGCCUAAUAUUCGGCCAAGUAUGAGUGAGGUGUUGCAGAGUGAGUUCCUUGAUGAAUCCAGGGAUAAUGCAGAGGAGCGAGAAGCAGCAAUAAAGAUCAAAGAAGAAAUAGAAGGUCAGGAAGUACUUCUGCAAUUUCUUUUGCAGAUGAAGCAGAAAAAGCAAGAAGAAGCAGACCGAUUGCAUGAUAUAGUUGGUUGUUUAUCCUCUGACAUAGAAGAAGUUGUAGUCCAGCAAUCUUUUCUCUUGAACAAAAAUGGAACACAUACGGAAUUAGAGAAAAACAAUGGUGUUGGUUUAGAAAAGCUGGAAGCAUUGCCAUCUUCUGUUGUUUUAAAGGAUUCAACAAGCUUGUGUUCUCGAAAACGUUCAAAACCAAGUACAGAUGUUUACCAAUCCAAUAUAGGUCCAGGAAGUUCAAAAAGUAUGAUGACUAAAAGUUCCCAAAUGAUGAAGAACUUUGAAAAACUGGAACUAGCUUACUUUUCAACAAGGAUCAAGACAAUAAGGCCUGAACCAAGAUCACAGAAUAGAGGUUCACCUGGGAAUAGCACUGUUCAAGGUUCAAACAUGAGAACGGAGGAAAGUAAUUUUAGUUCUAUUGAUAAUUUAGCUACCAGGGGGUGCAUCACUAAUGCAAGACAAAGUGGAUGGGUUAGUCCGUUUGUUGAUGGCUUGUGCAAAUACCUAUCUUAUAGCAGGGUGAAAGUGAGGGCAAACUUGAAGCAGGCAGACUUACUGAAUUCAUCCAAUUUGGUAUGCUCCAUGAGUUUUGAUCGAGACAAGGAAUUUUUUGCCACAGCUGGUGUGAAUAGGAAAAUUAAAGUUUUUGAGUGUAAUAUGGUACUUAAUGAAGAUCUUGACAUUCAUUACCCUGUGAUUGAAAUGUCGAGCAGAUCGAAGGUUAGCAGUGUUUGCUGGAAUAGUUAUAUAAAAAACCAAAUUGCUUCAAGUGAUUUUGAUGGAGUUGUACAGGUGUGGGACAGUACAAGGGGUCAGGCUUUCAUGGAUUUAAGGGAGCAUGAGAAACGUGUUUGGUCGGUUGACUUUUCAAGAGCUGAUCCAACCAGGUUGGCUAGUGGAGGUGAUGAUUGUGCUGUUAAACUAUGGAAUAUCAAUCAGGGUGCAAGUAUUGGUACAAUCAGAACUAAGGCUAAUGUCUGUUGUGUUCAAUUUCCUCCAAAUUCUGCGCAUACAAUUGCAGUUGGUUCUGCAGAUCAUAAGGUCUACCUCUAUGAUCUUCGGAACACAAGAGUACCUUGCUGCACAUUAGUGAGUCACAUGAAGACCGUGAGUUGUGUUAAAUUCAUCGAUUCAACCACACUUGUUUCUGCAUCAACAGAUAACACACUGAAGCUUUGGGAUUUAUCAGUUGACUCAUCAAGAGUGAUAGCCAGCCCUGCUCAGACAUUUAAGGGCCACACCAAUCUGAAGAACUUUGUUGGAUUGUCUGUUUCUGAUGGCUAUAUAGCCACUGGGUCAGAGACAAAUGAGGUUUUUAUCUAUUAUAAAGCCUUCCCAAUGCCAGUGCUGUCGUACAAAUUUGACAGCAAUGACCCACUGACAGGUCAAGAAAUUUAUGAUGCACCACAGUUCAUAUCCUGCGUUUGUUGGAGAGGGCAAUCCUCUAUAUUGGUAGCUGCAAAUUCCACAGGCAACAUAAAAAUUCUUGAGAUGGUUUGAUUAUUUGAAAAUUCAGAUUUUGAGCACCUGCUACUUGUGUACUGAUCCCUUGUGCAGUGGUCACAUUUUUCUUUCUGGUGGUUCCAUUGCUUUGGCAGUUGCUAGUGAACAUUGUCAGAGUUUAGUAAACCUGAGCCUCCGGUGAAUAGAUGCAGAGUGUGAAAAGGAGUUAUAAAAGAUUUUUUGCAGUUAGAAUCCAGUAUAUUUAUUAGAGCCUCUUAUUUAAGUUGGUUAUGCUGAUAAUCCCAAGCAAAUAUAUAGAGCAACUGGCCAUUGUACGUAUUAACAUGUGUAAAGAUUGAUGAAUUCAUAGUAAUGUGAAUCAUAGAGCAUCAAUAUUAGUUCA